AUGGUCACAGCAGCAAUUGGACAACUAUGUUCAACCUCUUCCAUGAUCCACAAUCUCUCAACCUGCAAACUCCUCAUCAAAAACGCCGUAGAUGCUGGUGCUAAAGCUCUGUUCCUUCCAGAAGCCACAGACUACAUAGCCAUAGACGCCAAAGAAUCAAUCUCCCUAGCCCAGCCAAUGGAAACCAGUCCAUUUCUUCUCGGAAUAAGAGAUGCGGCCAAAGAAGCGUCCUUAGCAAUCAACGUAGGUAUUCACGUUCCGGCAAACAAUGGCAAGCUCUUGAACCGAAGCUGUUGGAUCAACGAGAACGGAGAUAUUGAAAGUUAUUAUGAUAAACUACAUUUAUUUGAUUACGGGAAUUUGAAGGAGAGUAACAGCGUAGAGGCUGGGAAGGAGAUUGUGAAGCCGGUAGAGACGGUGGUUGGAAGAGUUGGAUUGACUAUUUGUUUUGAUUUGAGAUUUCCAGAGAUAAGUCUAGCACUUAAGAGACAAGAUGCUCAGGUUAUCACCUAUCCUUCCGCUUUUACUGUUCCUACUGGCAAAGCUCACUGGGAAACUUUACUGCGUGCAAGGGCUAUUGAAACGCAAGCAUACGUGAUUGCCGCUGCUCAAAUCGGAGCUCAUAAUUCGAAGAGAACUUCUUACGGUCAUUCAAUGGUAGUAGAUCCAUGGGGUAAAGUGUUGCUGGACAUGACGGGCGAGGGGUCCGAGCCAGAAAUAGGAGUUGUAGAUGUUGAUUUAGAGCACCGAGAGACAAUAAAGAAAGGCAUGCCUUUAAUGAGAAGGACUGAUGUUUACCCCGAAGUAUGA